AUGAUCAAGGAAAGAAACAACCGUCAACAACCCUGGCAUGGAACGGACGGCGCACCAACUGAUUUGAACCAGCACUCCGAACCCCAGCUAACAGCAAGGCACUGGCCCCUCAAAUAUGGCAGGAUCCAAGCAGAGGGACAGAAGCGAAGACAAUGGCUGAAAGACGCCAACGAGCCAAACUGCUACAUCCGAAGAUCCACAUUGACCAUCAAGGACCUACGAACUGACUACAAGCUGCCGUGCACGCCUUACCCUUGCAGUCUCGAAAGUGUUCUUACACUUCAUUGGAUCGAACUUGGACCUCCAGAAACGUCUCGCUCGCCCGUUAAAGAGAAUAACUUUCGGUCCUUCCAUAUCAUGCACCAUGACUUUACCUGGAUUGGACAUACCGGCCCCGACAUGAUAACCCUUGAUCAAAUCGAGAGAAACGAAGACUAUGGCGCGCCGUAUAUCUCGCAGAUCACCAAAGCGCUCUACGAAAGCCACUUCGAUCUCGAUGGGCUAAGGUAUGUCUUUGUGACUAAUGUCAAGAAUAAGGAGACCCUCCAAUUCAUCAAACGCCAACUCUACAAUGAAGCCAACACCGGUCUGACAUGGCCGAAUGACAUCGCGCAACCCUGGGACAUUGGCACAUCGGAAUAUGACGCGUUGUUGGGUACCAGACUUGGGAAGACAGUCGCUUAUUUCCUCUUGGGGGCGUUUGGUAGAGGCACUCGACGAAUCCAGCGUAUCGCUACAUGGCCAGCACGGGUUGGGGGGGUUUGCAAACUUACGCUUUGA